AAACGGAUGUUUCGUUUCAAUCACCAAUUAUGCACUUUCUACGGAUCUGUGCAAAAAACUUUGUGCCGCGCGUAACGCGCCAUUUGGCCAAUGUGCCGAGAAAGCCUCACAUCGUGGUCCAUCCGGAUGUGCAACACGCCUUGCAACAUGAUCACCCAAUUGUAGCGCUCGAAUCUACGAUUAUCACGCACGGAAUGCCGCACCCCGAGAAUGUGGAAACAGCAUUGCAGGUAGAGGAACAAGUGCGUAGCAAUGGUGCUGUGCCGGCCACGAUUGGCAUCAUAGACGGCAGCAUUAAGGUGGGUCUAACGAAGGAUGAGCUAACUGAGUUGGCUCGGAAACCACAGGAGCAGGUUAUUAAAUGCUCGCGACGAGAUUUGCCAUAUGUGGUGGCGAUGCGGCAAAGUGGAGGCACCACUGUAGCGGCUACUAUGAUUGUUGCUUAUCAAGUGGGCAUUAAAAUCUUUGCUACCGGCGGUAUUGGCGGUGUCCAUCGAGAGGGCAAUGUCACUAUGGAUGUGUCCGCCGAUUUGGUCGAGCUGGGACGUACACCUGUAGCUGUCAUUUGCAGCGGCGUCAAGUCAAUACUCGAUAUACCUCGUACUCUGGAGUUUCUCGAAACUCAGGGUGUGUGUGUGGCCACAUACGACAGUCCCGAUGGACUGUUUCCAGAUUUUUACACACGCGAUAGUGGCUGCAAAGUGCCUUAUAAUCUGCCAUCUGCCAAGCACGCCGCGGAAAUGCUGCGUGCGUGGCGUAAACUUAAAUUAUACUCUGGUGUGCUGAUUGGCGUUCCCAUUCCUAGUGAGUUUGCUGCCGAUAAAACUACCAUAUCGGCUGCCAUUCAGGAAGCGCACUUGCAAGCUAAAGCGCAGGGCAUUACUGGGAAGGAAGUGACGCCUUUUCUGCUUGCUGCUAUUUCACGAAUCACCAAGGGAAGCAGUUUGAAGUCCAACAUUGCGUUAAUCAAGAAUAAUGCGGCAGUUGCAGCACAAAUCGCAAACGCAUUAGCAGCACGCCACUUGGCUAUUGAUGUCGGGACAGUUGGAGGAGCGAGUAACACUCGACUUAAGAAGCCAAUUGUGGUGGGUGCAUCCAUAUUGGAUCUAUCGCUUACGGUGAACGAAAAUAAGCGUGACAUGAAGCUGGACGGAGCCACGUACACAGCAAAUGCAAAGCAGGCAGCAGGAGGCGUUGGACGCAACAUAGCUGAGGCCAUUUAUAAACUGUAUGGCGACGUGAAUCUCAUUUCAGCAAUUGGCAAAGAUCAGUUGGGCAAAUCUUUGCUCGAAAUGAUGCCUGCGGCUCUGCAAAGAGGACUCGUCGUAGAUAAAGAACGCUCCACAUCGCUGUGCUCCAUAAUCUUUGACAAAUUCGGCGACUGCAAGCUUAUAUUGGGGAAUAUGGAAAUCCACAAUAGUAUUACCGCUGAAUGUCUGGAAGCGCACACACAGCUAUUUGCCGAGGCGCCGUUGAUUGUAAUGGACAGCAACGUGUCCACCGAGGCAAUGAAGGGUGUGUUGCAACAGGCACAAAAAUAUAAAUUACCUGUAUUCUUUGAGCCAACAGACAUGUUUAUUGCGGGCAAGCCAUUCACUUUACCCCGCGAGCUGACCCAACACAUUCGAAUUGUAAAGCCAAAUAAGCACGAACUGAUGACCAUUGUGGAGGCUAUAACAGGUCAAAAGGUUAACUACAAGUUGGACGGGCAAUUAAAUAAGUCCCAGCUACUUCAACAGACUAGAGAAUUGUUAAAGCAAAUAGAAUCUCAUUUCAAUUGCAUCAUUGCGACCCUGGGGGAUCAUGGCGUGUUGAUUAGUUUUCGUUCUGAUGCUGCACAAGAUGCUCGCCUCUUACUUGACUUGCCCAUAGCAACGCCAGCGCGACCUAAGCUACCGCAUAAUGUCCGCUUCUAUGCCGCGCCAAUGGUGCCUAACAUUAUAAAUGUUUCCGGAGCAGGCGAUAGUUUCUGCGCUGGCUUCAUCACCGCCCUUCUCAGGGCUCGAACUUUGGAUGAAUGUGUGGCUGCUGGUUUUGUGGCUGCCGAGCGAGCUCUGCAAUCAGAAUCCGCAGUUCCUAAGACCUAUUUUCGCGACAAUGAGGCAUUCGAAAGCCGAUACAAACAGGUGCUCACGACACUGCAACAACAGCAGUGCAUUUAACUACUAAGAUAUGAUUACUCAGGGCAUAACACUUUAUUACUUUAUAUCUCCAAAGAUUGUGCAGGUUUCUUUUAGAUUUAAAAACAAUAGCUGCCAUGACGACUGGUCGUUAA